AUGUUUCGAACUGCUUCUCGUCGAAUUCCUCGACGUCUUCCUACCCCUUCAUCGACUGCUGGCAGUCCUUCUCGUCUCGCCCUGCGCUCAUUCGCAUGCGGUUAUCCGCGGAUGUCAUCAUCUCCGCUUCCGACCGUCGAGCCCCCCCUCUCAACGGCCCUGCCAUCAGACUCGUUUCAACUGCUGUCGUCCGCUGAAAAGGCCGGAGCUGCAGAGGAUGCUCUGUAUGAGCAACAGAUCAGAGAUGUAGAGGCUUGGUGGAAGUCUCCUCGGUAUGAGGGGAUCAAGAGACCCUACUCGGCCGCGGACGUGGUCACCAAGCGUGGCACAUUACAGCAAACGUAUCCGAGCUCCCUGAUGGCUCGCAAGCUCUUCAAUCUGCUAAGCGAAAGAGCAGCAGAGGGAAAGCCGGUUCAUACAAUGGGUGCCAUUGACCCUGUACAGAUGACACAGCAGGCUCCCAACCAGGAGGUUUUGUACAUCUCUGGCUGGGCGUGCUCGUCGCUCCUGACCACGACAAAUGAGGUUUCCCCGGACUUUGGAGAUUAUCCUUACAAUACAGUUCCGAACCAGGUUCAGCGAUUGUUCAAGGCCCAGCAAAUGCACGAUCGCAAACAAUGGGAUACCAGACGAAAGAUGACACCAGAGCAACGGAAAUCCACCCCAUAUGUUGAUUACAUGAGACCAAUCGUUGCAGAUGGUGAUACUGGCCAUGGCGGUCUGUCUGCAGUCCUCAAGCUAGCCAAGCUCUUCGCCGAGAACGGUGCCGCGGCCGUUCACUUUGAGGAUCAGCUCCACGGAGGCAAGAAAUGCGGCCACCUAGCAGGCAAGGUUCUCGUACCCAUGGGAGAGCAUAUCAACAGACUCGUUGCUGCUCGUUUCCAAUGGGACAUGAUGGGUGCCGAGAACCUGGUCAUUGCGCGCACAGACUCGGAGAGCGGAAACUUGAUCAGCAGUGCCAUUGAUGUCCGCGAUCACGAGUUCAUCCUGGGAGUGGCCGAGGAGGUCGAGCCUCUCGCAGAAACCCUGCAAGCAAUGGAGCGAGAGGGUGCCGCGCCUGCGGAAAUCGAUGCGUUUGAGCUGGAAUGGGUCAAGAAGCACAAGCUGGUCACUUUAGAUGAAGCUGUGGAUGCCCACCUCGCCGCUGAAGGCGCGCCUCAGUCCGCUCGGGACGCAUACAAGAAGAAGGUUCAAGAGAACCCCGACCUUUCCAUCUCGCGCCGCAGGGUCCUGGCGAAUGACUACACAAAGAAACCCGUUGUCUGGUCAUGCGACAGUCCCAGAACCAGAGAAGGCUUCUAUCACUACCGUGCCGGCUUCCCAGCUGCCACAAAGCGCGCGAAGGAAUUCGCACCCUACGCGGAUCUCCUGUGGGUUGAAACGGGAGAUCCCAACGUCGAGAAGGCCGGAAAGCUGGCAGACGAAGUGCGCGCCGUCUUUCCAGGCAAGAAGCUUGUCUACAACCUGAGCCCAUCGUUCAACUGGAUGGGCCAGGGCUUCGAUGAGGCUUCGCUCAAAUCAUUUGUCUGGGAUCUCGCGAAGCACGGCUUCGUGCUACAACUCAUCUCGCUCGCCGGUCUACACAGCAACGCCACCAUCACGACGGAGCUGUCCCGCGCCUUCAAGGACGAGGGCAUGCUCGCCUACGUGCGCCUGAUCCAGUCCCGUGAAAAGGAACUCGGCGUAGACGUCCUUACCCACCAGAAAUGGAGCGGGGCGCCGUACAUGGACGGCAUCCUCGGAGCCAUCCAGAGCGGCAGCAGCAGCAGCAAGAGCAUGGGAGAGGGAAACACUGAGAAGGGUAAGUUCUAA